GAGAUGUAGGUACUACGAGGUGCUACGCGUGGGCGGAGUGUGUCGUUGGUGUUUGACGUGACUCGCGAACCGUGAAGACUGUAACCAGGUAUCUGAAACCUUCAACCCUAGUUUUGAGCCCAUAGGUGGUGUCACGCUGAGUUCUUUUUUUUAAGGCCCAGAAUCUUGACUUCGGCGUUUGGGACAAGCUAAGUUCCCGUUGUCGAGCCCGUUUUCCCUGAGUCUCGCGAGAUCGGCGAACUGGCCAGAAAGCCGGUAUCUCCUAGGCGUGUGACCCGGCCCUCAGACCCGCCCCGUCCCGGACGUGGAGUCACCCGCUCUGGACCUCGGCAGCCAUGGAUGAGGACCUGGUUUUGGCACUACAGCUUCAGGAGGAGUGGAACUUGCAGGUCUCGGAGCGCGAACCGGCCCAGGAGCCCCUGUCGCUGGUCGACGCGUCCUGGGAGUUGGUGGACCCCACCCCUGACUUACAGGCCCUGUUUGUUCUGUUCAACGACCGUUUCUUCUGGGGCCAACUGGAGGCGGUCGAGGUGAAGUGGAGCGUGCGGAUGACGCUGUGUGCUGGGAUAUGCAGCUAUGAAGGGAGGGGUGGAAUGUGUUCCAUCCGUCUCAGUGAACCCCUUUUAAAGCUGAGACCAAGAAAAGAUCUUGUGGAGACCCUCUUGCAUGAAAUGAUACAUGCCUACUUAUUUGUCACUAAUAAUGAUAAAGAUCGGGAAGGGCAUGGUCCAGAGUUUUGUAAGCAUAUGCAUCGCAUCAAUCGCCUGACAGGAGCCAAUAUAACGGUGUACCAUACUUUCCAUGACGAGGUGGACGAGUACCGUCGGCACUGGUGGCGCUGCAAUGGGCCGUGCCAGAACAGUAAGCCGUAUUUCGGCUAUGUGAAGCGCGCCACCAACAGGGCACCCUCCGCCCAUGACUACUGGUGGGCUGAACACCAGAGAACCUGUGGAGGCACUUUCAUCAAAAUCAAGGAGCCAGAGAACUACUCAAAAAAGGGCAAUGGGAAGACAAAACUGGGAAAGCAGGCAGUAUCAGAAGCAGAGCAUAAAGCUCAUCUGAUAAAGAAUCCGCCUACAAUGCAGAAGACCUGGGUUCUAUCCUUGGGUUGGGAAGAUCCCCUGGAGAAUGGAAAGGCUACCCACUACAGGAUUCUGGCCUGGAGAAUUCCAUGGACUGUACAGUCAAUGGGGGUCACAAAGAGUCGGACAGGACUGAGUGACUUUCACUUUCACAGGAUCCCUGAUGGUAGGAUGGAGUCUAGCUUCUUACCAUGUCUGUGAGUCACCCAAGUUGUUAUUUGCAAACUGUUCAUUCUAGUUGCUAUUUCAUGUAAGCAUAACUGCAACACAGGGGCUUCCCAGGUGGCUCAGUGGUCAAAAAUCAGCCUGCCAAGCAGGAGAUAGCGGUCUGGUCACUGGGAUGGGAAGAUCCCCUGGAGAAGGAAAUGGCAACCUACUCCAGUAUUCUGGCUUGAAGAAUCCCGUGGACGGGGGGAAUGGUGGGUUACAGUCCAUGGGGUCACAAAACAGUUGGACAUGACUUAGUGACUAAACAACACAUCUGCUCAUCGUGUGUCCCCUUCUGCUUUCUAACCCUUUGUGACCAUUUUAUAUGGCACUGUGGUCUGCUUUCCUACUCUUUUUUUCUAAUGAUCGUCAUUAUAUAUUCGGUUGAAUUUAUUUUUCCUGGGGUAUCUUACAAUUUAAUCUUAAUUUCAGAUAAUUUUGUCAUCUUCAGUUUCUUUGCUGGAGUUACAUCAAUUCUUGUUUCACAGCUUCCUGAGGGAUUUUUUCUUUUGGUCCAUUUUUGUUCUGAGAUUUUGAAUUUCGAAUUUCAGGUUUUAAUUUUUAUUCCUACAAAGUCCUGUUUUUAAAGAUAUUUCAUUCACACUGAACAUUCUGCAGUUGCCUUAUGGUUGAGGAAAGAAUUUUCAUCAGCUAUAAUUCUCAUUUUUUUUCCUUCUAGAUAGUACUGUUUGUAGCUAUUUUUCUUCCCUAUUCUGCUCAUUUUGAAAGGUGUUCUUUUCCUUGACUUGCAAAAACAGUUUGCAAGAAGAAGAUGAGAGGCUUCUGAAUCAAGAGUGUUUUCUUCUGUUGGAACAGUGAAAAACAGUAUUUCACAGAGAGGACAUAUUUGUGAGAUGGGAGUGAUUUGCAAUCUCAUUUGAUUCUGUAAUUUUUAUUUUUCUAAGAUCCUUGCUUCCCUCCUCCUUCCAUUUUACCAUCAAGCCUCCAGGAGACAUCUCCCCCUUUCUGACACGGUGCCUUCCUCAAGCAGCCUCCUUCCAUCUCAUGAACUUUGAAGCCUCCCCGUGACGCCCCAGUGGGCAGCACCGGAGAUGCACUGGUGUGAUGUAUCGGUAUUCCCACCACUUGUGGGGGGGUCCAUUUUUCCCCGGACACCACUACCUCUAGGCCCCCACUGCCCUGGCUCUCUAACAUAGUUUCCACCUGACUCAGCCUUCACAGGAAUGCUGGUGCUGGCUCUAGUUUCAGAUGCUUACUUCUCUGUUUGCACAUAAACUGAACUUUUUUCUGUGUCUCACAGUUAUGCUAUAGCUACAGGUUACAGGUGACUUUGUUGGGAAGAUAAUGAAAGAGAUUCAGAUUCGGGCAGCAACUAAGAUUCCUUGGAAAGCCAGAAGCUCAAGUACUUCCCCUUAAAUAUGAACACACAAGCAAGAAUGGUCAGACCUGGGAGGAAAACGUCUAAUGACAAAAAAUUAAACAAAAAGAUAAAUACUGUAUCUACUAAAUGGAACAGGUUUUCAUAUAUUUUAAAAAUUUAGAGAACAAAAAAGAGAGUUCUUAAAAAUUAAAAAUGUGACAGCACAUGUGAAACCCUUGGAGAACUGGAAAUGAGACGUCUUCAAAGCAAAGGACAAAGGCACGCAGUAGUAGCCAACAGUGACAGGCUCACACCUGAGGUGGACUCUUUGGACGACAGUUCAGCUCAGUCGCUCAGUCAGUCAUGUCUGACUCUUCACGACCCUAUGAACUGCAGCACACCAGGCUUCCCUGUCCCUAUCUGGACAAUAGUUCAGAAAGAGCAGAGAAGAUGGAGGGGAGAAAUAAUUUAAGAAAAUGUCCCCAAAUGUAGGGCAUGAGUUUACAGUUUGCAUGCCUCUCACAGUGGCUGAGAAUAGGCACGCUGUCACAGCCCUGGCGACAGGAAAUUAUUCUGUGAGUGUCCACAUAACGAAAAGCAGAGUACGUGUAAAGAGUCAGAAAUAGGAAUGGCUUCAGAUUUCUCAGCAUCCACACUGCAACUUAGAACCGAGAGAAUGCCUUCAAAAUUCUGAAGGAUAAUUAUUUCCGAGCUAGGUUUCUAAACUCAGGCAAAUUACCAAUUAAAUGUGAGAGUUAAAGAAAAUUUACCUCCCAGGUACUCUUUCACAGAAAGUACUGAAGGACAUGCUACACCAGCUUGAGGAAGUGAGCCGAGAGAGGAGAAGACACAGGCCCCAGGAAGCGAAGACCCUACAGAAAGGAGCGCUAGGACCUCCAAACAACGUGGGAGGGGGUCAGUGGAGACAGCUGUGCUCCGGGCAGACAGCACGACCACACUAGGUUCCUGCAGGUUGGAGGCCUUGGGGGUUUGAGACAGAAGACCAAGCAAGACAUUAAGAAAAAAGUAAACUAUAAAAGUCAUCAUGAUUUAUUCUACACCUCAUCUUUGAAUAGCACAAAUAGUCUUUUUUCCUUUUGCUUUGGCUGUGUCACAUAGCAUGUGGGAUCUAGUUCCUAGACCAGGAAUGGAACUCUUACCCCCUGCAGUGGAAGCACAGAGUCUUAAUCAUUGGACCACCAGGGAAGGCUCACCAGGGAUAUCCCAAACAGUCUCUAACUCUUCCUGUGAUCUAAAGUCACGAGACAGUAUGUAAGGGGUCAGGGAGGCAUGGUAGAGGCAGAAGAGGGGUGGAGAGACACCUGUAUGCUUACCUCCCAAGCAGGGAUAUUCAGACAUAAUGAAGAAUCUAGAAUGUGGCAAUGGACCUGCAUCAUUUAGAACUAACUGGGUGCAACUGGAGGAGGAAAUGACAACCCACUCCAGUGUUCUCGCCUGAAAAAUCCCACGGACAGAGGAGCCUGGUGGGCUGCAGUCCAAGUGGUCAUCAGAGUCAUCACCACUGAGUGACUCAGCACAGCAAUUGAGCACAUACCCAAAAAAUCACGUAAGAGUAAAAACCUUUUCUCAGGGGAAGAACACAAGCGGCUAUUUUUCUUACCAAGCCUCACAUGAAACAAGCUGACUUACCUACAAGUGUAUCUGUAACUUUGACUUAAAAAAACUGAAACGCUAUUUUAUAGAAGAGCAUAGAAAUAAAACAAUUUUGGCAGAAAAAGACCUCAUCUCAAUAAAUAUAGACUUCAUCCAGUAACUCCGUAUCUAAUAACCUCUAUAGCACCUAUUCAGAGCUAAGAAAUGAUCCAUUUGAUCAGAAGCUGCCUGCAGCUGUUCAGGCCCUCCCUGUCUUAUGACCUGGUUUAUAUUUAAGUGUUUUCUACUUGUAAAACUCUUCCCAGCUCAUGAGGCCAGGCCCCUUAUACGUAUCAUUGGUCCAAUGGUGUGUCAUUGAGCACUGCCAUGUUCCAGGUGAAGUUUACUUUCUGGUGAUCAUGAAAAAGCAAGAGAGUUCCAGAGAAACAUCUAUUUCUGCUUUAUUGACUAUGCCAAAGCCUUUGACUGUGUGGAUCACAAUAAACUGUGGAAAAUUCUUCAAGAGAUGGGAAUACCAGACCACCUGACUUGCCUCUUGAGAAAUCUGUAUGCAGGUCAGGAAGCAGUUUUAACUGGACAUGGAACAACAAACUGGUUCCAAAUAGGAAAAGGAGUACGUCAAGGCUGUAUAUUGUCACCCUGCUUAUUUAACUUAUAUGCAGAGUACAUCAUGAAAAACGCUGGGCUGGAGGAAGCACAAGCUGGAAUCAAGAUUGCCAGGAGAAAUAUCAAUAACCUCAGAUAUGCAGAUAACACCACACUUAUGGCAGAAAGUGAAGAACUACAGAGCCUCUUGAUGAAAGUGAAAGAGGAGAGUAAAAAGUUGGCUUAAAGCUCAACAUUCAGAAAACUAAGAUCAUGGCAUCUGGUCCCAUCACUUCAUGGCAAAUAGAUGGGGAAACAGUGGAAACAGUGGCAGACUUUAUUUUUGGGGGCUCGAAAAUCACUGCAGAUGGUGACUGCAGUCAUGAAAUUAAAACACACUUACUCCUUGGAAGGAAAGUUAUGACUAACCUAGAUAGCAUAUUAAAAAGCAGAGACAUUACUUUGUCAACAAAGAUCCAUCUAGUCAAGGCUAUGGUUUUUCCAGUGGUCAUGCAUGGAUGUGAGAUUUGGACUAUAAAGAAAGCUGAGCGCAGAAGAAUUGAUGCUUUUGAACUGUGGUGUUGGAGAAGACUCUUGAGAGUCCCUUGGACUGCAAGGAGAUCCAACCAGUCCAUCCUAAAGGAGAUCAGUCCUGGGUGUUCAUUGGAAGGACUGACGUUGAAGCUGAAACUCCAGUACUUUGGCCACCUGAUGUGAAGAGUUGACUCAUUGGAAAAGACCCUGAUGCUGGGAAAGAUUGAGGGCAGGAGGAGAAGGGGACGACAGAGGAUGAGAUGGUUGGAUGGCAUCACCGACUCAAUGAACAUGGGUUUGGGUGGGCUCCGGGAGUUGGUGACGGACAGGGAGGCCUGGCAUGCUGCGGUUCAUGGGGUCACAAAGAGGUCAGACACAACUGAGUGACUGAACUGAACUGAUCAUGAAAAGACUCUGCCUUAAAAUCAACAGCAGAAUCUGGGGACUGCAUUCUUGACAUUAAGAUGCCUAAGAGCCUAUUCCUGAAGCAGUGGAGACUGGGUACUUCUAAAAACCCAGGUACAGUUAUUAAAUAUAUGGCAUAAAUACAUAUAAUUGCCAUCCAAAACCAAGAUAGAGCUCACGUUCUCAGCCCCUCUGCAUCUUGGGAAUACUCUGUUUCACUUGGGUCACGCAAAACUCUUUCUGUAAGACUGGAGCCACUGUGCUUAUUUUCAGAUGAAAAAGGCUCCGAAGGUCACACAAUUCAGUGGUUGCGUCAGAACAAAACAAAUCUGUCAAUUUUGUCUGUGCUCUUUUUGCCACAAUACCAAAAAUAAUCAGUUUUCAUCCCUAACUCACACUGGCCCUCCCCUUUAAUCCAUUCAGCUAUAUUUCAGUAGAAUUUUACAAGUGCCCUAACUGAGUGAAAGUCGCUCAGUUGUGUCUGACUCUGUGUGACCCCAUGGACUUCUUCAGGCCAGAAUACUGGAGUGGGUAGCCCUUCCCUUCUCCAGCAGAUCUUCCUGAUCCAGGAAUUGAACCGGGGUCUCCUGCAUUGCAGGCGGAUUAUUUACCAACUAAGCUAUGAGGGAAGCCCUAAGAUAGGUUGAAAUAUAACAAAAACACCACACCAAAGAAUAUUUUAAAUAAGAGGUAAAUGAAUAUGUAUAUUGACUUCAUGUUGUAAAGAGCUCUUUAGUUCAUGACUACACCGAUUAUACUUUUCUGCAUAUAUACACACAGGAUACCUGUGACGGUUAGAGAUGGCCCUUCGUUUCUGCAGCAGAGGGGCCACACAGACAGGCUCGACAGUGUGAGUAUUAGAGUCAUUAAAAAAAAUCAUAUUAAAAGGGCAAGAAUCUAAAUGUUGAGAAUACAAAUGGAUCCCAUGGACAGUCCAGCUACUUCCAGGAUUGCUAAAAUUAUUGUUAAGAUUGUCACACUCCAUGUUUGCUGUUCUCUUUCCCUUGUUAUCAUUUAUAAAAAGCAGUACCACAUGCUCUGGACUAAGCCAGAGAUGAGUGAGAGAAAAGCACAUUAUCUGAUGGAGGAGCCCAUUAAGAAAGUCAGUGUAUGAUAAAGGAUCAAAAAACAACAAGAGACAGGUGGAAAUAAGCAUAAUUUUUUCAAGAACAUUUAUACAUCUGUUUAAUUAGAUUAGCUUUACAAGCAUUUUGAAAGCUUUUUCAUAAUGAAACACUGCUUUUCAAAUUACAUGAUUUUAUAGUCUAUCUGUAUGUAAAUCCUGAAAUUCUUUGCCUGCUGUUGAUAAAGGUCUGUGUUUUACAGCUGGUUAAUAUGUUGAAUAAAAACAGCAUUAGAAGCUU